UAUCAUACUAAAUCCAUAUAUACAAAGCCCUGAUUUUAUUCUCAUCAUCACCAUAUCAUAUGUAACUAAGUGUACAAUUCAGAUUUCAAUAGACUUUUCUUCUGGUUGGCAAUUUAAUCUCUCUGUUAAUUCAUGGCUGAGCAAAGGCAACCAUUCCGCUUUAGGCUCCCGUGGUCAGCAGCACCUGCUGCUCCACGCCAAGUGACCCAAGCACCAUCUCAGCCACCAGCACCACGGCAAGCACCUACUGCUCAACGUCCCAGCCAAGUGACCCAAGCACCAUCUCAGCCAACAGCACCGCGGCAAGCAACUGCUGCUCCACGUCCCAGUCAAGUGGCCCAAGCACCAUCUCAGCCACCAACACCUCAGCAAGCACCUGCUGCUUCACGUCCCAGCCAAGAGACCCAAGCACCAUCUCAGCCACCAGCACAGCGGCCCCCUUUCCGUCCAGCAGGAGUGGCGCCAGCACAGCCCAAACCACCAACAGCACCACCAACAAGAGAAGAACCCCAAUCACCCUCACGAUCAUCUCAAGGCACAUCUAAACCAGCAAUACAGGCCCGGGAGACACAAGCACCCCAAGGUUCACCAGCAUCAACAUCACAGACUAUUCCUCCGACUCAAGUUACCUCCCGGCCUGCUUCCCCGACGCAGGUAAGUUCCAAACUCCAACAAGCGACAAAGGCACUGCCACAGUCACCAUCUCCAUCACGAGGAGGUGACAAGCCAAUCAGGACAAAAGCCACAACAGGGUCACCUCCAACAUCUUCUGUAAAGCACUCAUCCCCCACAAAGAAACAACCAACAGUCGCAAGUGACAUUACUCAAAAUCCAAAAGACCUCAGAAAGCGAGAAACUUCCCAAACACCUUUAGAAGAGCCCAAGCCAGUGGUAGGCACAGCAGCUUCACCUAAAGAACCUAGAAACCAACCAGCUAAUAAAGAGCCUACAAUAAAACCAUCUACCAAGCUAUCAGCAGAAGUUUCUAGCCCAAAACAAGAACCCAAACCACAAAUAGUAAAAGAAUAUAAUACAUCCUACAAACAGCCUAAACAGAUACUUAAGGGAAAUCAUGACGAUCCUAAGAAAGAAGCAGUUAUUGAAAGAAAAGUUAUAAGCCCAAAAGCACGAACUAUAGAACAUCCACUUGCAGAUCAAGACGAGGAGGGACUGCAUUCAGAGAAAGAAGUUUUUGACAUAAAGGAGGUCUUCAAAAAAACUGAAAAUAGAGGGCAUGAUACUGAAAAUGAAACCCGAGGUGAUGAAAGAGUUGCAAGGUAUCCUCAUAAGCAAGCAAAUGCAGAAGGACAUAAGCCUCCUUUUCAAAAAGAGAUCAAGGAGAACUUGCCAAAAUUAGGGCACAAACAAGGUGCUCAGCAAGAAAAACUCUUGCAUCAGAAGCCAUUAAGCAUUAUCACUCUAGCAGGGGAAAACAUUGGAGCAACCAUGCACCUUAGCUCUGAGUCUAUAAACAAAGAGAGGCCAAUUCACAUUCAUAGGGGAUACAAGCUCAAUUCUGACAGAACAGCUGAAACCACUGAAGGUGAGGGAAGCUCCAGAAAGAGGAAAUCUGUAGACACAAACCUCCAAGAAGAUUUAGCAACAAAGUCAUACGUCAACAACAAUGCACAAGGAAUAAACAACUCACUUGUCUUCAACAGUUCUGUGACAGAAAGAAACCCUGGUGUUCACGUGCUUUUCACUCGUAACCAAAUUGAACCCCAGUUGAUACACACAAAGCUAGGUAAAGAGAAGGGAAAGCUUGAUACACACAAGGUUGAAUUCAUCAGCACCCCAGCUGAAAACCUGGCAUAUGCACCAACCAUUAGAAGAAGAUGUCUACAAAGUCUCCUAUUGGAGUCAAGUAGCUCCGAUCCUGAAAAGCCUCGUCGCCAUGGUUGUCGAGUUGGGCGCAAUCAGAAAAGCAACGAUGGCACAAUUAAUGUUCUGUAAAAAAUGCUGUUAACUACAUAAUCAAAAUAAUAGGUGCUACUUGACAGUAGCCCUAGUGAACUCAAUCAUGUACUGUAUAGUAUCACAUAUGAUUCAAUAUGAAAUAUAAUGUCUUGAAAAUAAAGUUAGCAUAAAUGAUCAGUGAAUUCAAUCGUGCAAA